CAACCACCUAGCCGUGUGUCCGCAGGGUGGAAAUACGGGUCUUGUUGGGGGAUCAGUACCAGUAUUUGAUGAAGUGGUCUUAUCCACAGCCUUAAUGAACAAUAUUAUUGAUAUCGAUGAUGCAUCAGGUGUGCUAGUUUGUCAAGCAGGAUGCGUGCUGGAAGUUUUAGAUCAGGAAGUAGGGAAGCAAGGACUAAUGAUGCCCUUAGACUUGGGAGCGAAGGGUUCCUGUCACAUCGGCGGAAAUGUAUCCACAAAUGCUGGAGGACUUCGAUUAGUGCGCUACGGUAAUCUGCAGGGAAGCGUGCUUGGCCUUGAAGUGGUCAAAGCAAAUGGAGAGGUUUUAGAUUUAUUGAGCACCCUUAGAAAGGACAAUACUGGAUAUCAUUUAAAACACUUGUUCAUUGGCUCGGAAGGCACAUUAGGAAUUAUUACGAAGGUUGCAAUUCAAUGUCCCACUAGACCAAAAGCAUAUAACGUUGCAUUCUUAGGUCUCGAGUCUUUUGAUAAACUGCUUGCUACCAUGAAAAAAUGUAAACAUCAAUUGGGAGAAAUUUUGUCAUCGUGCGAAAUGAUUGACGCCAAAUCAUUGGAUGUUGUAACGAGUAAUACCAAACUAAAAAACCCAAUUGGAGAUCAUCCCUUUUACAUGUUGAUAGAGACCUCUGGAAGCAAUAGUACACAUGACGAGGAAAAACUCAAUAGUUUUUUGGACAACGUGAUGUCAGAUGGAACUGUGUUAGAUGGCACAGUUACUAGUGAUCCCAGUAAAAUAAAGGCCAUAUGGGAUAUCAGAGAAAGCAUCACUGGGGCUUUACUGUACGACGGAUAUGUCUUCAAAUAUGAUAUUUCAUUACCCACUCAAUACUUUUACUCGUUAGUUCCUGCGAUGAUAGAAAGGGUAGGAAAAGACGCUGUCAGAGUAUGCGGUUAUGGACAUUUAGGUGACGGAAAUAUUCAUCUGAAUAUUACAGUUAAAAAUUACAGCAAGGAAAUCAUGAACAAAAUAGAACCAUUUAUUUACGAAUAUACAUCGAAACUAAGAGGAAGUGUUAGCGCUGAACACGGAAUUGGUUUCAAGAAACCGAAGUACGUCAAAUAUUCAAAAAGUCCACCUGCAAUUGCCUUAAUGAAAGAUAUAAAAAAGUUAAUGGAUGCCAAUGGAAUUCUCAACCCGUAUAAAGUUCUUCCCUGAUAGGUUUAAGUUUAUUUAUUUUUAUAUAACGUUACGUAUAUACAUAUAUCGAAUUAUACAGGUAAUUUUAAUGCGAGUAAAGAAAUAUUUUUGUUAUACUUGUCGAAGAAAAUGUACUGAAAAAUCUCGGCAGAUUGCAGAUGUUAUAUUUGUUAUCUCUU